GGUGUUUAGAACGUACAACUACACUGUAUUUUCCGUCUUGCCUAUAUACAAAAAACUCAUCAAAGGAGGCCUCAAGAUUUGGAUGUAUAGUGGAGAUGCAGAUGGUAGAGUACCGGUUAUAGGAACACGAUACUGCGUAGAAGCAAUGGGAUUGACUAUCAAGAAACCAUGGACUUCUUGGUUCUACAAUAAUCAGGUGGCAGGGAGGGUGGUAGAGUAUCAAGGGUUGACAUUAGUGACAAUAAGAGGAGCAGGUCAUCUUGUGCCUCUAAACAAGCCUAAUGAAGCUCUUGCUCUUAUUCAUGCUUACUUGUCGAAUCACCCUCUUUCGACACGUCGAUGAGGUCUUUUCUUAAGAGUUUUUCCGUUGGUUUUUUUAGGCGGCACCACCAGUUCUGCGGCGGCGGUGACUGCCGGAGAAAUGAGGUGGAAUCCGUUUGUGGAAAUGUAGUUGAGGUUGAUCAUGUAAUCUUUGUUUGGAUAAUUAUAUUUUCCAAGAUAAUUCUCCUAUAACAAGUUGUAUUUUAUUUCACUCUUCAAAAAUAAUUUAAUCUUUUUUAUAAGUAAA